UAUAUGUUCUUCCUUCCUUGGUUACGGAUGUGCUUGCUUUCUCUUGUUGUCUAUGUCAAUUACCUAAUUUUCUGUUUUAUCCUUGUCUCUUCCAGGAAAUAUGGGUUAACUUUAGUGAUAGUCGGAAGGCAAAACGUGCUGUUUUGCUGGAAGAGUUUCAAACUUUUGAGGACAAGUCCAGCGCCAUUAAUGAAAGUACUGGUGUCAGCAAAAGGCUUAUUAAGAUGAUCAUGAACUGUCGCUUCCCUGAUCAGAAAAUGGCUGUUGGAAAGCCUGAAUAUAAAAAAAUUAUUGAAGAGAGACUGAAAAUAGACUGCCUGUAUAAUACAGCUGUAAUGGAGGUAAUGUGGGGCGUACAGCAUUGCAUGCGAAGUUUGGUGCCUGAGGAGAAAUCACAGCUGGCUGAAGCUGACCGUCUCCCGCUGAGUCUAGGACUGCAAUAUGUACUGAGUCAUUAUGGCUGUGAUGUCGAAUCAGAUAUGGUCAGUGAGCAAAUCGUUGCCACGGCUUCUGCCUUGUUUCAGUGUGAUUCUGUUGAGAAGAAGUAUUCUAGAGCCUUGCGCAAUGCAGGUGAUCUCAUUAAGGAUGUAUGUGGCAUCAACUGUGAGGGUUGGACGUUACUGAAAAUUGCAAAAGCUCUGAAGAUGAUAUGGUGGCCUGAAUUUGGCGAUUCCUGUGAGGGAUUGAGAGCACAUCAGAACAGAAGCGAGACACGAAAAAGAAUGAAUCACGAAGAUGGUGCAGAUGAUUGGGGUUCUCAAAGGCCAGAAACGCCGCCACCUUUCGAUGCAUCAGAGUACAGUCAGCUCAUCUCUGCAGGGCCGUUGCUGCCGCUGCUAGAACAGUAUGCAGGCGUAGGUUCUUAUGACCAGAACACUCUUAGGGGGGCCCCGUGGCAAGUGCAGUCACAAGGCGCUAACGCUGACAAAUGUACGGGCAGCCAACUCCAACUAGCUAGUAUGGCUAAUCAAGAGCCUUCGUGCAGCACGUGGAAUCGGGCAGCACCCAUGUACCUGCCAUCGACGUCGUACACAGGUUAUUACGCUGGCGGUGAUCCGGCAAACGUCUCCUGGCAAGCUUCGCAAAUUCCUGGUGGAUCACGUCAUUAUGGUGUAACAAACCACACAUGAUGGUCAAAUACAGCACAACAAGAACCUACAACUACAAUGCACAGCGGCGCCGACACAUCUACUGCGGGGAGCUCUGAGCGCACGGAAGAUGCGUUCCACCAGACAGCAGACAAACAUGCCGCAAACAAUUUCGAGUCAGAGUCGGGAAUGGCAAUCAUUCCAGCAAUGCCGGCAAGUACCCCUUUGAACACAAGCACUGGCAACUCUCAGGUAGAUGGGACUGCCGCCCAUACUGAAGUGAACGAUGAAACUGACGACGACGCGCAAGGGGAUGAAGAUGGUGGGCAAUUAGAGAUCGUGGUGCCUCAGCCACCGUACAUCGGGUAGAGAUUUGAGUCAUUCGAAACAACAAAGGAAUACUACCAGACAUAUGCAAAGUUCCAUGGGUUUGCGGUCAA